AUGAUGCUCUACUUCGUCCUCACCUGUGAACUCAUCCACAGCAACAUCCACCUUUCCUGCUUCGUGCUCCUUGUGGCCAGCUUGUGGUGGGAGCUGUUCCUGUAUCUGGGCAUCCUGGUCUUCCUGACGGCCUCUUUUGCAUCUGCCCUGGCCUGCCUCCCCCAGAGCUCAAGCCUUGGUGGGGUCCAGCUUCGUGACUUCCACGACCUGCCCUCCGGGUUCCAGUCUCUGCUUGCAGUUGCUGUCAAGACAUACAGCGCGAACAACUUUGAGGAGAUCGCCGAGGCCCCCGAGCCUCUGCUGGUCUGGUUCGUGCUGGGCUUUGCCGGCUUCUGGCACGUCUUCCUGAUGAACCUGAUGGUCGCGCAGCUCUGCACACGCUUUGCCACCAGCUUCACGGAUGCACUGGGCUAUGCUCGCCUAAAACGGGGGAGCAACAUCUUCGACUCCGCCAUGUCACUGAUCUCGGACCGCAGAUGGCGCAGGUUCGUCCUCAGCCUCAAGCUGGAUGUGCCAUGCCCGCUGGAUGCUUCGGACCCGGGCCCAGCGGGAGGUGUACCCACGCAUGAGGAGUUUGACGGCUCCAGCGGCUUAGCUCUGCACCGCUUCGGAGGCUUGGCUUCUCCCAGUGAGCCAUGGCCGGAGCUGCGCGACCACGAGGAACGCAGGUUUUUAUGA